AAGGAUUUCUUCAUUCGACUGAAGAAUAUGUAAAUGCGCUUAAGUCUUUAAUAGAUGUUCCUGAAGCAGGGGCUUAUAUAAGGACGCAAGUUUUUAUAGCGCCUAUGGAUUACCCUGGACAACUUCAUAUACGGCGUGCUAUCACUCAUCGUAUUAAAUUAGGAGACUUUUCUGGAAUUCCGGAGCAAAUUUUGCAUGUUGUUCCAAUGAUUGGACCCUU